AUUAGAUUCUACUCGAUAAAGCAGCAAACACCCACCAUGAAAUACUUCUUUCCUCCAUUACCUGCCUCACAUUUUCCUUCAUUUUUUUUGUUCUUUUCUUGAUUUCCGUUGAUUCCCACCAGUAUUGUUUCACUUUCCUCCACAGCAACACAGGCAAUACUGAUCUGAAAGGUGAAAUAAAAAAUGUCCCUUUGUUUCUCUUCCAAUUUGUUCACUCUCCAUUCACCAAAAUUUUACAGCUACAAAACUCGAUUCUCUACUCAGUUUAUCGAUCAAAUCCAGGUACACUCUUUUUCUUGUUCUUUAUCGCCUUCUACUCCAAUUUUAUCAGAACCUUUUAAGUUUAACAGACACAGACUUAACCCCAUUACAGCUUCUUCAACAACAACCGUUGAAACAACCCAAUCUUCAUUUAGAAGAAAGAACCCUAAAGAUAUUAACAUUUUGGUGGCGGGUUCAACUGGGUAUAUUGGAAAAUUUGUAGUUAAAGAGUUGGUUAAUAGAGGAUUUAAUGUUAUUGCCAUUGCUAGAGAAAGGAGUGGGAUUAGAGGUAAAAAUAGUAAAGAGGACACUUUGAAUGAUUUGCAAGGAGCAAAUGUUUGCUUCUCUGAUGUGACCAAUUUAGAUAUUUUAGAUAAAUCAUUGAAUGAUUUAGGUGUUUCAAUUGAUGUUGUAGUGUCAUGCCUUGCUAGUCGUUCUGGUGGAAUUAAAGAUUCAUGGAAAAUUGAUUAUGAGGCAACAAAGAAUAGUCUUGUUGCUGGAAGAAAUAAUGGCGCUAACCAUUUUGUAUUGCUUUCUGCAAUAUGUGUGCAAAAACCCCUACUUGAAUUUCAGCGAGCGAAACUGAAAUUUGAGGCUGAUUUAAUGAAAGAAGCAGAAGAGGACAAUGGAUUUAGUUAUAGCAUUGUGAGGCCAACUGCAUUUUUUAAGAGCUUAGGAGGUCAGGUUGAAUUGGUUAAAGAUGGAAAGCCUUAUGUGAUGUUUGGGGAUGGAAAACUGUGUGCUUGUAAACCAAUUAGUGAGUCAGAUUUGGCUUCAUUUAUUGCAGACUGUGUGUUGAGUGAGGAUAAAAUUAAUAAGGUAUUGCCAAUUGGAGGGCCAGGAAAGGCAUUGACAUCAUUAGAACAAGGGGAAAUGUUAUUUAGACUAUUGGGGAAGGAACCAAAGUUCUUGAAAGUGCCAAUUGGGAUAAUGGAUUUUGCUAUUGGAAUACUCGAUUUUCUUGCUAAUAUCUUUCCUUCAAUGGAAGAUGCUGCUGAGUUUGGCAAGAUUGGAAGGUAUUAUGCAGCUGAGAGUAUGCUGGUUUUGGAUUCUGAGACUGGUGAUUAUAGUGCUGAAAAAACUCCAAGUUAUGGAAAGGACACUUUGGAAGAAUUCUUUGAAAGGGUGUUAAGGGAUGGAAUGGCUGGUCAAGAAUUAGGUGAACAAACUAUCUUUUGAAUGUUGCCUUCUGAUAGAUCUGAUUUGUGUAAAUUUCAAUGUGAGAUGGAGUCAGUUUUGUAAACACGGCCUUGCUUAAAGGUAUGCAAUUUGCACACCUUUAAAUUUAUAUUGCUACUAUCAUGUGAACCGUGUGCAAAAUUCUUCUGUAAAGAUGAAAAAAAUUGUAAAUUUCGUAUUGUUGUGUUGAUCAAUGCUUGACUUCGGAAA